AUGUUCCGUUUUUAUUACAAUUCUAGUUAUCUGAGAGGCAAGGCUAAAGAUUUUGAACGGACUCGUUUGAAAGAGAACUGCGGAAAAUACCAAGCUGCGAGUCAAUUUUUUCACGAAACAAUACCAGAAGACCAGGUUUCCAUAGUGAUAGUGGAAGAAACUUGGAACAAAGAGUUACAUGAGAGAUACGAAAGUAAGCGGAAAAGAAUCAAAAGGAAACUGAAAGCAAAAAGGUACGAUCAGAUAGAAAAGUUGCUAUUCCAUGGUACUUCAUCGGAUGUCGUUGAUGCCAUCUGCAAGCAGAACUUUGAUCACAGAUUGCGAGGAAAGCAUGGGACAAAGUAUGGAAAGGGGAGCUAUUUUGCUGUAGACGCUUCCUACAGUAAUAACUACAGCGGUCUAUGUGGGGAUAAGACGAGAUUCAUGUUCCUAGCAAGAGUUUUGACGGGGGAAUCCAAGCUUGGAAUGCCAGAUUUUCGUCGACCACCUCUGAAAGAUCAAAGCGAUCCUGCCAGCGAUUUGUACGAUUCUUGCGUCGACGACGAAAAUCAACCAAAGAUCUUUGUCAUAUUUAAUGACGAACAAUGCUAUCCUUCCUAUCUAAUUCAAUAUCAGCUGUUAUAGUUUUUAGUAUCAAAGUCAGAUGAAUCAAACUACAGAAGAAAGUCAGUCACAAGUACAUUAACCCGAUCAUCUCCAAGGCGAUCGUCAUAUAAAAUUCCAUCGAGUUUAGUAAAAAAUGUAUCACUUAGCUAGAAAAUAAGUAAAGAAAAACUUUUAUCGUUGUAGCUGUUAAAGUCAGGUAAAUCAAACUAGGGAAGGUCGGCCACAAGUGCG